AUGCUCUCCUCACGCGCCGCCGCCCCGGGCGCACCCCUCGCCGCCAUCCUCAUCCUCAUCAUCAUCAUCACCCAAGUUGCGCCAAUUCACGCGGCAAAACAAUGCUACUGGAUGGACGGCACCAUCACCGACAACGUCGUCCAGCCGUGCAACCCCGACGCCGACGUCAGCCCCUGUUGCGCCCUCAACAAGCCCAAGCCCGACCUCUGCCUGUCGUCCGGGCUCUGCUACGCCCAGGACUCUGGCGUGGAAGGCUUCCUCUACUCGGACGGCUGCACGGACCGGAGCGGCGAGGACGAAAGGUGUCCGCACUUUUGUUUCGACCGCACGGAGAAAAGGGCGGCGUACAAUGUCCUGCAGUGCGAGGCCGGGAAUCCAAGCAGCCAGUUCUGCUGCCGCGCGUCAAGCGACAACAAGAACUGCUGCGGCAACAAGACGGCCCUCCUGAGCACCUCCAUAGGAACAAUCGUGUUCCCGACAAAGGCGACAUCAUCGACGACGGGGGGGCCCUCUACAUUGCCGACAGCGACCACGACACCGGGGUUAGGCGGUGGCCUAGGUAGCAGCACAUGCGGUCCGCCUUCGAGCGAGGCGUGCCCCAAGGACAAGACAGCCGUGGUGGGAGGAGCCGUCGGGGGCGUCCUGGGCGCUGCUCUCCUCGUCGCGCUGGGAGUCAUUGCUCUCCUGGUGAUGCGCCGGCCCGUUAAUAAGGAGCACCACCACCAGGCCCCCGCUGCCGCCCAUCCUGACCAUCAGACCUCUCGCUACACCACCCCCAACCUCCACAAAGAGCUCCCUCCGCCGGGAUACCCUCCCACCGCGAGUAGCCGGGGGGGAAUGCAGCACUCCCCCAUGGGCAUGGAAAGUGCCCGUGUUCACGCGCAGGAGCUCCCGGUGCAGCAGGUGCACGAGGCGCAGUGA